AUGGUGUAUACAACCAACAAUAUGUAUUAUAGGAACUGGUACAAUAACUACGACAAUAAGUAUGGUACCAACUAUAAUCGAUGCAGUGCUAAGAACUUUUUCUUGACCUAUCCUCAGUGUUCUCUGUCCAAGGAAGAGGCAUUGUCACAGCUCCUAGCCAUUCCCUUGCCAAGUAAUAAGAAGUUCAUCAGAGUUGCGAGGGAACUGCAUGAAGAUGGUCAACCACAUCUACACACUGCGAGGUCUUUCUCUGACGUUAAGGCGUAUGUUGAAAAGGAACGUGAUUAUACUGACUGGGGUGAGUUUCAGAUAGAUGGCAGAUCUUCCAGAGGUGGUUCACUUAAUUUAUCAGAGGUUUAUACUGAGGCGUUAAAUGCUAGUUCUGCAGAUGAGUCAUUACAGAUAAUACAGGAGAAGGAUCCUAAAUCGUUUUAUCUUCAAUAUCAUAAUCUCAAGGCUAAUGCUGAGCUUAUAUUUACAUGCCCGGUGUCUGUGUUCAAAUCCAAAUGGGAUUUAUCGUCUUUCACGGUUGACAAUGUUAUUAGCUAA